AUGGCGAAGAACGAAAACGGCUACGAGAACUUGUUGGCUUCACUGAUCGUCGACAUCAAAUCAUACUCCGGAAAAGACCAUCUUCUUCCCUGGAUCCGAGGUAUUAAGAAGAUGAAAGAGAGCUUGCCGCCUCAGAUGUUGAACGAGAAGCUGCCGCGGUUUCUGCAGAAAUGUGCACAGUCAUUUGAAUCUGAUAAGAGAUACCGUAACGAUUCUCGAUAUGUCCGUGUUUGGUUGCAGCUGAUGGACUUCGUAGAUGAUCCAAAGGCUCUCUUAAGAACUAUGGAAGCAAACAGUAUAGGGACCAAGAGGUCAUUGUUCUACCAGGCAUAUGCUCUCCAUUAUGAAAAGAUGAAGAGAUUCGAUGAGGCCGAGAAAAUGUACAGACUUGGGGUGCAAAAGCAUGGUUCAAAUAGAUUGACUGUGUACCCCUCUUGUGCCAGCCUUGCAGAACCCAUGGAUGAGUUACAGAAAUCAUACUUGCAAUUCCUUAGUCGCAUGGAGAGGCACAAAACCAAAAAGACUCAGCGUCAGGAAAAGCACCAGAAGGUUGAGAGGUCACAAAAGGAUCCUAGAUUGGCCAAAAAUGAUGAUGAUACGCCCGUGUUGAAUUUUGUUGAUAAAGCCAUUGUAGGAAAACCUGAAGCAGAAAAUGCUUGCCAUCACGGUUUGGUGGAUCCCACAAUAAACAUGAAGGAAGCCAUGAAUGCAAUCAACAGCAUGUUCAAAGAGCCUAUAGAAACUGCUCCACUUCAGAGAAGAUCGCAGAGAAGCCAAGACAAAGAAAACCAAGGCUGCAACAAUGGAUUUGAAGUCUUCGUGGACGAGAAUCUGGAAUGUGAAACAAGUACAAGAGGAAAAGCAAAGACUGAGGGAUCCCAGCCAAACCAAGAGUCCUUUGAGAUAUUCAUCGAUGAUGAAACUACGGAUGAAAAUGAUGAGGCCGGAAAAGGUUUUGUCUUUCUCCAGCCAAGAGACAAUUCACCGGAAAGCUCUGAAGAAGCAGACAGAAACAAUCCUCGCCGAGCUAGAUUCAGAGAAGACACAGUUGUCCGUCGGUUUGUCGGUUCAACCAUCUCCGAUGAGCCGGCAGUUGAAAACGUCUGCCACCAUGGCCUUGUGGACCCUACAGUCAACCUGAAGGAAGCUAUGGAGGACAUAAACAACAUGUUUGGGGAACCGAUCGAUUUUGUUAGACCCAACCGCUCUAAAAGCAGAGGAAAAGCAGUAGAAGAGAAGAAACCACAUGUUGAUGCAGGUUUCUCAAUACUUGAGGAUGAUGAUGAUGAUGAAAAAGAAGCUGCGCAAGAACAUCAAGGGAAGAGCAGGCUGAGUCAAAAAUCGCCUACAAAAUUAAACGAGCGUGAUUUAUUUGAGCCAACAAUUUGCACAAAAGUAGCCUUGGAUGAGAUCAACAAACUGUUCUCAAUGCCAAUGGACUUGUAA